AUGGCCUCCUUUCUUCGUGGUCAAAGGGUUCCCAUUUUCUUCUUGUCAUUAGAACUUUUCUUAGCUUACGUGGAAGGUAAGUGAUGCGAUUUAGUUCUUUUAAUUAAAAGUUAAACGUUUCCGUUUAAAUAUAUCUUUCGCUCACUUUAUAUCAUGUCUUGUUAUACGAACAAAUUCUAAUUUUCACAGAAUGGAACGAGUGUGGUUAUCAAUUUUAUCCUCUGUAAGUGUCUUUAGCUAAUUUCUGCCCCUUUUUGAACCAUUUUCAAUUAUAGAAUAAUAUAUAGAUAUAAAUACAUUUUAAAUUUGUAUGCACAUACUCUCAACUUAAAUCUAUUUUGGCAGAUUCGUUCUUUAACUUAGCUGUUAAUUUAUUCUUUAAGAAAUGUUGCAAUUUCUGCACAACUGGGUUUCAAAACUCUUCUAUCAAAUGAAACGCUUACCUUCUGCAUGAAUGCUCUUUGAAUUUCUAAAAUAAAAAAAAAACAACAACAUAUAUUUAUUACCCAGAGGGGUAAUACGUACGUCCCGCAAGGAUAUUGCUGUUUCAGGUCGUAAUCACUUCUGUGAUGAUGAAUACUUAGUGCUUUUUAAAUUUGUUCAAGCUCAAUAUACUCCUAUAUACUGGUUAUGAAGAUAUCAAACAAGUAAAGGUGGAGAAGUGACGGCGACGGAAAGAAAACGAAAAAAAAAAUCAAUAGGUUCAUAUUGGUAAAACAACAACUUUGCACCUGCAUCACGCUUUUUUGUACAUUUCUUAGCCGUCGUAGCACGACCACGACGUGAAUCUUCCGAAUUUCACGCGUCCGCUUUAUAAACUAGGUGAACACGACACAAUUUCUUGGCAACGUGACGUAACUACCUCUCCUCUCUAUUACAGCAGGGAUGACUAAUAACUUUCUUGGUCAUUUUUCCAUGCAUAGGUUUAAAACUUGAAAAAUCCCAUCAGUGUCAAGUUUCAUGCCCAUACUUGCCAUCCGUUGCAAGAGACGACAAGAAAAAGUUUGCCUAAAACUAAAUACACAUUUUAUAGCAGUUUUUAAAAGGGUAGCAGAUAGCGUGAAGUAAACCCAGUAAUUGCUUAGCAUUGAGAUGAUGAAUAUGAUGCUUGAUAAUCUUUAUUGAGGAUGCCAACUUCACUUAAUUAGUGAUUUACAGCAGGGGGUGCUCUUAGACUAAAAUCAUUAACGAAAAUAACAAUUUACAUGAUAUUGAAGUUUAAAAAAAAUUACACGAUGAAGUUUAAAAAAUGGUAAAAGUUUAAAAAAAAUUACAUGGUUAUAAAAGUUUAAAACAUGAAAUAGACAUCAAUAAAAACUAAAAAUCUAAAAUUACUUAAAUUCUAAACAUAUAUUUAAUAAAAUACAAGUAUGUAAGCUACUUUUCAAUUGAAUCGCUUCCAAAUAAGUACCUUUCAAAAUCUGUCCGGAACUGGAUGUCACAAAAGAGUUGUCAUCUAUUCAGCAGAGCAACUAAGCUGUCUCCUCCCUCCACGGCCUACUUGUAUUUUCAUACAUUCUCCGCGUUUGAAGUCAUUUCUGGUGCCAAAGUAAACCAGUUUCAACAUAAACUGACUCUCUCGUUUCAGUCUACAACAACACAACGGUACAUAAAUGUUUCACUAUUAACUACCCCAUUUACCCCCGAUUUACAACAGUGCUGGAUCCAGACUGGAUCCAUCCAUCCAUCGCACUUUGUAAUAAACUAAGCUGUCGCAAUUUGUAAUAAUUCUAUCGCACUUUGUAAUAAACUUAAAUUGUUUUCUUUGGUCAAACAUGCAUGUCUUCCGACGUAAAUUUUUCUGCCCUAAUUAAUCACGUGGCCAACGAGAAUCGCUUUUAUGAAAGACAUCAAACUUUCUGUGACAUGUCACCAAAAAAAGAUAUGAGUCAUUUCAUAUAUUUGAAUUCAAAAAUUUUUAAUCAACAAAAGCAACAUUUAACAACAGAAAAUUCAUGAAUAACCUGGCAUUCGCCGUCCCAAUCCAUGUUUGCUCGCCACGUGACACUUGAAGUCUUCGGGGUGGAAAUUAAAUGCCUUUUAAUAAGGGUCAUUUGUGUCUAGUGUGUCUAGGUUCUGUUCUGCCCCUUUCCCUAGAUCCGCCACUGUACAACCCUAUAAAAUUAUGGAUACUAAUGCAGUAUUUACCAUCUUUGUCCCCCUUUUGCAACAUAUAUUUGCCCAGAGCAAAUUUGAUCUAUUUUUUUGUGCAGUGUUUUGUUCAUGUGCGUGGACGGUUGUUGACUGUUUCAGGUGAAUGUCGAGGACUGCGGUUUCCAGCUUCCUUCUCCUUUACCGCCAAACGUCUGCAGAACCACGUAAUAAGAACUCAGCAGGUCCCAGAUGUAGGUUUCUGCGAGAUACUUUGUUUGUGGGAAUCUAACUGCGUCAGUAUUAAUUUCGAAGAGAAAACAAGGAGCUGUGAGUUGAACAAUGCAACUCAUCGAGGGUAUGGUUAUCACCUGGAGGACGAUGCCGACUACGUAUACCAUGGAGCAGAUGUAAGAGUACAUCAUAAGAUUUAGACUUAGAUUUAGAUUUAGCCAAGCUAAAAGCGAAGCUCUCGUGGGAACUUUGAAGAAAUGUCUUUCUGAAGUAAAGUUUUCUAAGCCUGCGAUCAGUUGAAUACCAUAACUGGGCAGCAGAAAAAUUGAAUAAAACACGUCACCUCAAUGAAUUUUUCACCGACGCCCGCGAGACAGUCAUGUGACACUGGUCAGCAGAUACCCUAUUGUGACAGCUGUCAUUAGAUCAUAUAGGGAUGUGCACUAUUGUAUAUGCCUUGGAAACCUAGCUAGUAAUGCACAGUCAUUACAAGAAAAUAGCCAAUCAGAGAGCGUAUACUAUUGUAGACGUAUUAAAUUCUGCAAGCAGAAUACUGCAAUGCUGAUCGUACUACGUGAAAAUUAACUCUGCAAGACAUCAACACGACACCGAAAGAACUCAAAACAGAGCGGGAUGUAGCCAUAGACAGCUGUUUCGGCCUCUUUGGGGCUCGUCAGUAUGGCGUAACAACCAGAGAUCAGGCUGUGAUGAAAAAAUAUCCGCGCACUCUGAUUUUAGUCCUGACCCAGAACUCCUAACACCCACAGAAUCACUCUAUACCACGUGUCUUCUGGGGGGUAAGAGUCCAAGUGUCAAGUUGAUGUCUCGCAGAGAAAAUAAAAAAUUGGCCACAACCAACCUAGAAAACACGGGACAAAACCAUGCAAGAAAUACAGCAUAGGUCCAUACUAUUGUAGCCUUGUAAAAAAUUAAAACAGACUUGCCCACUUAAUACCCACACUCUCUUUCCUGUAUGCAGAUCGGAUGCAGAAAUAGACAAAAGCAUGUCUACUCGGCAGAUUUAGUCAACACAACGGCAAAUGUGAACAUGAUAGAGCGCGGAAAGGUCAAAGGGAAUUGUAGAGCUUAAUUAGCCUCUCUGCCAUGGGUCAUUUCGGUUUUUAGAUCAGCGCGAGCCUAUGUCACUGUCGUCACAUUGUCUAAUUUGCCAUAUCUGCCGACUGUCAUUUGUUUGUGGAGGAAAUGUUCGCAUGUCUUUCCCAGACAAGUUUCGCUUUGAUUACUUAGAUUUGCUACAUCAUUUAAUAUCUUUUCAUCUCAUUCACCGUUCAUUUGUUUCUUGAAAGAGUGCUUGUGACGUCAAUCCAUGCCAUAACGCGUCUACCUGCCAGUCGGGAUUUACAGACCAACGGUAUCGUUGUGUAUGUGCGCCAGGUUUUACCGGCGAAGAUUGUGGACAGGGUAAGAAUAAAUGAAUAGAAAACGAUUUUGUUUUUCUACCAUUCCUUCUCACACCAUUACCUGAAGGAUGCUGCUGAUUAAGAAUUAUUUUAAGAGCCAGCUUUGAUUUCAUUUGUUUUUGUUAGGCAGAAGAAGUAAAAUAAAGCGAGGGAGUACUCUGUAUGAACCUUUGCUCACAACUUUGUGAGGUCGUCAGGACGAACGAAAGCGUACCCGGGGACAAUUAAGGGGGCGGAACAGACUAGUAGCCAGUUGCAAUUUAUGUGUUUUGGGGGUGAGAGAAGAUUGGGGGUUAGGUUGAGGCGCGCGCGGGGUGUUAUGGGAAGGGACGAAGGAAAAAUAGCGUCCCUUCCCAUGAGACCCCGCGCGCGCCUCAAUCUAACCCCCAAAACACAUAAAUAGCGACUGGGUACGAGUCUGGGGGCAGAAUAUUGCUUUGUGGAAAGAACAAAAAGAGCGCGCAUGGCCUUCCUAGUUUACUUGGCAACCGAGGUAAAUGGGAACUUAAAUACUCCUUUUCCCCUCCCUCUCACACAGAUUGUAGCUACACACGCAAUUUUUUGUUACAAGAGUACAACUGACAAAGUACUUUUUCAUGACUAAACAAAUGAAACAAUGAUUAUUUGUUCUUGGUUCAGAAAUAUUCUGAUUCACAGACUGACAUGACUAUGAAUUAGGCGUUGUUUCGAAACAAUUUAGUGGGAUCGCUGGGGUGUUGUUUGCUUGCUAGCUUUAAGCGAGCAACUUCUUUCAGAUUUAGUCCUGUAUCGUUUAUUAUUAUACAGAGUUUUUUCCUUAUCUCAAAUAUUUCAAUUUGCCCAGAUAUUGACGAAUGCAGUGUCUUUUCUUCCAUCUGUGAUAUAAAUGCCGUCUGUCGGAAUAGUGAAGGAUCUUACCUAUGUUCGUGUAAGGAGGGGUUUGCUGGUGAUGGCAAGCUUUGCAAAGGUAAAGCGAAUAACCUAUAACCUACUAAAAGUAUAAUAACCUAUUUAACAAAAGUGUAGUUCUACUAUAAACAAUUCUUAACUAUACGUGCGUCUAUUGAGGAAUAACUAGACCGAUUUAAUCAUACAUAUUAGACCAAGAAUUGAAAGGAAAAGGGAGAAUCAAUGUAGGGAUAUGGUAGAUGGAUUGAAAGGAUUUGCAAAACAUUUAAAACGAAAACAAAACUAACUACCUGCAAAUAUUUCAAACAUGUCUGAAAGUGUUUUGCCUGACAUCAAGACGCUCAUUGACAGAUUAUCUAUAGAAGACGAGUGGCAGUGUUUCGUCUGAUAUUCAAUCACCGAGAUUUAACAAACACGCAGGAGAGGAAGUGUUAAAUCUGACAUCCCAGUACUGACCGCGUGUGUUCAAAAACGGAUGGCAGAAUCUCGUGUGAUACAGUAAACACCCGCAUAUAAGAACAAAUGGAUUAAGAACACCAGGCUGAAAUUUGGCCAAUAAAGCCCCAUUUUUAUAAGAACAAGAUCAGCCUGAAAAUUGUAACAUGUUCUUGUAAAAUGGAAAGUGUCAUAAUUACAAAACAUGUAAGUUUAUUUUUGCUGUCAGAUAACUUCAUUUGUUAAUAUAAUCAAAUUACAGAAUAAUUAUUUAUUUUAUUUUCCUAAAAUAUGCUAAAUAUACCUCUAGCAACAUGUUUUGGAUAGUAUUUCUAAAUAAAAAUUUAAGAACAUUUUGAGGCUGAUUUGUCAUUAAGCACCCGAUAAAUAAGAACUCAAUCAGCCUGACCUCCGAAAUCGUGUGUUCUUAUAUGCGGGUGUUUACUGUAUCCAGACUCUCAGAGGUGAUAUAUCAAACAGAUGAAGGAGCGUUUCGUCUGAUAUCAGGACAUGAAAAGUGAAAUACGAAUCACCAGUGGGAGUGUUUCAUCCAAUAUCCGGCCACCAGUGGAAAUAUACAAAACACGAGUGGGAUAUCAAGACACAAAGAAGUUUUUAAAAAGAGUUGCGACCCAUUUUCCUCAUCGAUUUCGAUGUUUCGGAAUAUUGGUUGAAACACGUCAUUUAUGGCAGGCGCGUUUUGAUAUAGUUCCUCAAAUAAUUAGCUCUAUUCAAGUUUUAGAGAAAUUCAUUCUUCGAAGUUCGAAAAAUGCUAUGACGAUCAAUAUUCCAUUUCUUUGUUUCUCCUCCAUGUGUUGUUAACGAGUUUCAGAGACGCCACCUAGAAUUUAUAAAAUUACUGUUAAUCGUGUGUUUGAUUUUGCUGCAUUUAAAGAAUAUAAGCGGGCAUACAUUUCGUCAUAUUUUUUAAAUGCAAUAAGAUGAAAAUAAUCCGUUGCUCAUUUCCUCCAGCUUACAAAACCGUUGGAUGUUAUAAGGACACCGCAAAUCGAACGAUCUCAAGUCUAGAAGGACAGGACCCAAUUUUAGAUGGACCAUUCACGGAACGAGAAAACGCCAUUUCCAAAUGCGCGUCGGCUGCCAUCAAAGCGGGUUUCAUUAUUUUUGCAAUUCAAGAUGGUGGUCAGUGUCUCUCAAGUGCCACAGCACCGCAAACGUUUGACAAAUAUGGAGAAUCAAAUGAUUGUCAGUCUGAUGGGGAAGGAGGAGUGAUGGCCAAUCACGUUUAUUACAUCAAAGGUACGAUAUAAUGGUCGUAGAAAAAAAAAAUACCGCUCCGGGGAGGAGCAUUGCCAACUAUGGGCUACAUAGGUUUAUUGUUCAUCCAAAAUAUUUCACCGUCUCUGAUUGGCUCCAAUCUUCCGGCCAUUUUUUCACAAGCAACUGGCAGUUAUCAUAUUUGGAAGAUCCGAGCAAUGUAUCAUCGAUGCGAUGGUAUAUUUAGGUUGUUCGAUGGUAUAUUUGCCUGAAAUCGAGGCUGCUUAAGUGACAGUAAAUUAAUAAACGGCGUUCUCGGUUUUCCAAAAAACUGAAGAUUAAGUUUUCAACAAAGUGUACGAGGAUUUAUGCUCACUUUACUAGAACUAAGAAAUAUUUUGAAUGAAUAAUAAAACAAUUAUUGAAUUGGGCUUUCGUAUGAUGUGAAGAAUUAUGCUGAUCUCGGAGGCUGUUAUCCACCUCGGCCAAAAACAUUCUUCUCGACCUGCAUAAUUAUUCACAUGAACCUCAGCGUCAUGCAAUAAUGAUGUUUAAUGUACCACUCUGAGGGUUGUGGUUUCAAGCAGUUUAGUCUUGGAUAGGGUCAUAGAAUUCAGGGCGUUUUGGUCUAGAACUGGGUAUCAUUUUCCAGGAAACUGAACAAAUGGUUGAUGAUUUUAGUCUGGACUUUGGAAACUGCGAAUUGACACCUAAAACAUGAAAUCCGAAAAUUCAAAUUUGCUGACAACUCAGUUUAAUAGCAAAAGCGUCGACUUUGGUAUUGUCUGGAAAUAGCGACUCAAGGAUGAGAAGGAUUUUGGGAGUUUUAAUAGUCAGGUAUAGUGUAACAAAAGUCAGCUAAACUAAACCUGGUUAGAGUCAAGAGAGGAUCUCUUGAUCUGCUAUAGACUAUAAGGGUUCCACGGUCUUAGUAGUAUAUCCCCGAUCUAAAGUAGCACCUUAGGAUUUGCAGACUGCAACAAUUAUCUUACGGAAUGAAGCAGUUGAGAGAAUUUCGCGACACAACCAGAGUCGCACUGAACAAUAGAAAUCGCGGGAUAGUCGGUGGGAAACAAGAUCUCAAACAUACUGCAGAAGCUGAUCGUCAAACGUUGGAUAGCGAUUUCCACCAGGAAAAUUGCUAUUCGGUUGAUGAGUAUUACGAGAACCAAUUGUGCGCUAUCCUUUGGAUAGUAAUUUAUCCAUUGGAUAGCACUUUCCACCUUUUUGACCGCAACUGGGACCAGAUGUCUUUCUGUAUAACGGCAAAAGUUUUGCUUACCGUAUUUAUUCGAUUAACCGCCCUGGGCGCUUAUUAAAUUUUUGGGCCUUGAGAGUGAGCGCUUAUUCGAGGCUGGGCGCUUAUUAAAUUUUCACCAUUUUCAACAAGAGUAGUUUAUUUAUUUUGCAACAAAACCAUAAAUGGUAAUAACGAAACGCGAAGAUGUAACAAAGCAAGGUUUCUGUGAAGUGGCGAAUUAAAUAAAACCUGAACACGAGUGGACGGGGCUUAAUUACACGGGAUGACGUAGUCAGCCAGCGUCAUAAAUUCGGUUGUGCAUUCCUUUCGUAUUCUUUGGUUAUUAACUAGUACCAACGCAAUUUCCAUUUUUCAGGAUAUGAUAGCGUUGGAUGUUACAACGAUACCAGCGAUCGAGCAAUUCCAUCCCUGGAGGGGAUGGAUCCUAUUUUGGACGGACAGUUCCACGUUAGAAAAAAUGCUAUUGCCAAGUGUGCGGUUGCUGCAAUAAGAGCAGGUUACAGUAUGUUUGGUGUUCAGGCUGGCGGCUGGUGUGCAUCCAGUGCUUCAGCUCCACAGACUUUUCGCAAAUAUGGGGAAUCUAACGACUGUGGAGCUGAUGGCGAAGGUGGAUUUUGGGCCAAUCACGUUUAUUACAUCAAAGGUACGAUAUAAUGGUCGUAGAAAAAAAAAAUACCGCUCCGGGGAGGAGCAUUGCCAACUAUGGGCUACAUAGGUUUAUUGUUCAUCCAAAAUAUUUCACCGUCUCUGAUUGGCUCCAAUCUUCCGGCCAUUUUUUCAUAAGCAACUGGCAGUUAUCAUAUUUGGAAGAUGCGAGCAAUGUAUCAUCGAUGCGAUGGUAUAUUUAGGUUGUUCGGUGGUAUAUUUGCCUGAAAUCGAGGCUGCUUAAGUGACAGUAAAUUAAUAAACGGCGUUCUCGGCUUUCCAAAAAACUAAAGACUAAGUUUUCAACAAAGUGUACGAGGAUUUAUGCUCACUUUACUAGAACUAAGAAAUAUUUUGAAUGAAUAAUAAAACAAUUAUUGAAUUGGGCUUUCGUAUGAUGUGAAGAAUUAUGCUGAUUUCGGAGGCUGUUAUCCACCUCGGCCAAAAACAUUCUUCUCGACCUGCAUAAUUAUUCACAUGAACCUCAGCGUCAUGCAAUAAUGAUGUUUAAUGUACCACUCUGAGGGUUGUGGUUUCAAGCAGUUUAGUCUUGGAUAGGGUCAUAGAAUUCAGGGCGUUUUGGUCUAGAACUGGGUAUCAUUUUCCAGGAAACUGAACAAAUGGUUGAUGAUUUUAGUCUGGAUUUGGGAAACUGCGAAUUGACACCUAAAACAUGAAAUCUGAAAAUUCAAAUUUGCUGACAACUCAGUUUAAUAGCAAAAGCGUCGACUUUGGUAUUGUCUGGAAAUAGCGACUCAAGGAUGGGAAGGAUUUUGGGAGUUUUAAUAGUCAGGUAUAGUGUAACAAAAGUCAGCUAAACUAAAUCUGGUAAGAGUCAAGAGAGGAUCUCUUGAUCUGCUAUAGACUAUAAGGGUUCCACGGUCUUAGUAGUAUAUCCUCGAUCUAAAGUAGCACCUUAGGAUUUGCAGACUGCAACAAUCAUCUUACGGAAUGAAGCAGUUGAGAGAAUUUCGCGACACAACCAGAGUCGCACUGAACAAUAGAAAUCGCGGGAUAGUCGGUGGGAAACAAGAUCUCAAACAUACUGCAGAAGCUGAUCGUCAAACGUUGGAUAGCGAUUUCCACCAGGAAAAUUGCUAUUCGGUUGAUGAGUAUUACGAGAACCAAUUGUGCGCUAUCCUUUGGAUAGUAAUUUAUCCAUUGGAUAGCACUUUCCACCUUUUUGACCGCAACUGGGACCAGAUCUCUUUCUGUAUAACGGCAAAAGUUUUGCUUACCGUAUUUAUUCGAUUAACCGCCCUGGGCGCUUAUUAAAUUUUUGGACAUUGAGAAUGGGCGCUUAUUCGAGGCUGGGCGCUUAUUCGAGGCUGGGCCCUUAUUGCAUUUUAACCAUUUUCAACAAUUAUAGUAUGUUUUUUUGCAACAAAACAAUAAAUGGUAAUAACGAAACGCGAAGAUGUAACAAAGCAAGGUUUCUGUAAACUACCCCUACUCUGAAGAAAGGUCCGUCUUCGGGGAAGUCUCUUUAUGUUAGUACUUAUUCAAUCUCAGUGUUACCUAAGUGGGUGGGGUUGGGGUGGGCGCUUAUUAACUUUUUCCGCCUUUAGGAUGGGUGCUUAUUUGAGGUGUGCGCUAAUUCGAGGUUGGGCGCUUAUUCGAAUAAAUACGGUGUGUCAAAAGAAAAGUGGCGAAAUAAAUAAAACGUGGACACAUGUGGACGGGGCCUAACUACGCGGGAUGACAUAGUCAGCCAGCGUCAUAAAUUCGGUUGCGCAUUCCUUGCGUAUUUUUUGGUUUUUAAUUAGUACCAACGCAUAUUCCAUUUUUCAGGAUAUAAUAGCGUUGGAUGCUACAAAGAUACAGGCGAUCGAGCAAUUCCAUCCCUGGAGGGGAUGGAUCCUAUUUUGGACAGACAGUACAAAGUUCGAAAAAAUGCUAUUGCCAAGUGUGCGGUAGCUGCAAUAAGAGCAGGUUACAGUAUGUUUGGUGUUCAGGAUGGCGGAUGGUGUGCAUCCAGUGCUUCAGCUCCACAGACAUUUGACAAAUAUGGGGAAUCUAACGACUGUGGAGCUGAUGGCGAAGGUGGACCUUUUGCCAAUCAUGUUUAUACUGUAAUAUAG